AUGGCGCUGAUACAGACGAAAGGGGUGGGGGGUGCAAAACCCGGAGAUAAUGAGCCCGAGCAUAGUGGCCUUUUCCAGGGGAUGUCUUUCUGGCUCGCUCAUCAUGUCCCUCAACGAGAUAGAUUCAAGGUUCUCAUACAGGAAAAUGGCGGCAUUGUGAAGCUAUUUGAAAAGGACGCAGACGUGCAAAUAGUGGACCACAAGAAAAAGAAUCUCCCGUCCAAUGUAUACUCAUACCAAUUCAUUGAAAAGUCUAUUCAAAAAGGAGAGCUAGAGGACCUCGAGACUCAUAGAGCUGGUCCAUCUACAGCUCGUCCUGUAGGGGCUACAAACAUUCCAGCAAGAAGCCACAGGUUGCAAUAUACGAUAGAGGACGACCAGCUCCUCUAUGAUUACUUGCAACCAUACGAAAAUGACCCUUUCGCUUCUGUGAGAGGCAACAAGAUUUAUCAGCUCUUCGCCGAACAGAUUCAGCAUCCGAGACAUACGUGGCAAUCGUGGCGUGACAGGUAUCUUAAGAGGGUUCGGGGAGGCCCACGCCCUGGCGGGAUGUUAGAACCGACUGCCCGUCCGACUGAUGAAGACCGUAGAAGCCAUCCUACCCGCGCAUCUACAUCCACCUCUCAUCCAACUGCUGCAGCAGCGCAGAGAAACGAACCUUCACGACAGCCGCAGCCGCAAGAGAAGAAACGAAAACGAAGUCCAGAACCGAUGAUGUCAGGUGCACGUGUAUCCAACAGCACAUCGAGCACAAAACACAAGGCACCAAAUCGAUCUCCAGCACCACCCGCUCCGCAAGUAGUCAUAGCUUCUCCAGCAUCGGCAGGACGGCGAGGAGAAUCACCUGAACAUGAAUUGCCGCCAGCGUCCAAAAGAGCAAAGACCACAACCGCGAGGAAUCCAGAUAAAACGAUACCCCAACACAAACAACCCCAAGGAAAGCUGCCCGCUGCACAGGUGGCAACCCAAGAACCUACCGACGAAAUCAGUCUCGGUAUUGCUAGUGCCUUUCUGGAGUUACCCUCCCUCCCGUCAAGCCCGGUGGCCGAGGAAGCCCUGGAGCAAGAUAUCGACGCAUGGAUAGAUACCCGGCUUCGCAUGGGCAAAGGCAAAGAGGAUCAAAUCAUUGAGGCUUUACAGUGCACUAGCAUGGACCCGGGAUUGGCGGACAAGGUGCUGGAUUCUUUGAUUGCAGGAAAGGGCAUACCGACCGAUAUGCGCGGAGUAUGGACGGCGCAGGAUGACAGGGAUGUGGAGGCACAAGACACGCGGGACAUCCAGCGGGUCAUAAAGAAGCAUGGUGACUUGUUUGACUACCGCUGGGAAUAUCUUAACAUGACAAGAGCAGCAGGGCCCUCAGCUACAUAG